CCAUAAAAGGACAAUUCUGACUGCUGGGAGGAGAACAUAAUGCAAGGGCAGGGGAGGAAGCAAGCAGACCGCUGGGGAGAUCGUCACCAUAUUCCAGGUUCCAAAUCAGAAGUGUGGGGAAAAAGUCAGAGCCAUUAGUUUGGAGAAUCCAGACAUCUGAGGAAAUUAGAAUUCAGGAUUCAGUCCAGUUUACAGCCGAAGUCUGCUGUGCUUUGCAAAGCUGACUCACACACCCUCGGAACCUACAGUGUUUCUGGAUUCCAGCCCCUGGGGCACCAUGUCAGACAGUCUGAGCUCGCAAGUCACAUUUGCUGUGACAGCCUGGAUGCUCUCUGUGGUCUCCAGUUCUUCCGCUCCAGCAAAUACUUUGCCAGAUAUCAAAAAUGAAGUUUUUAUCAAAGACUGUGUUCGAAUGCACAACAAGUUCCGAUCGUCAGUGACUCCAGCAGCCAGUGAUAUGCUGUACAUGACAUGGGACCCACUACUAGCUCAGAUUGCAAAAGCAUGGGCAAGCCAUUGUGAGUUUGCACACAACAAACAGUUGAAACCACCCUACAAGCUGCACCCAAAUUUCACUUCACUGGGAGAAAACCUCUGGACUGGGUCUCUAUCCAUUUUUUCUGUGUCUUCAGCCAUCACAGCCUGGUACGAUGAAGUUAAAUACUAUGAUUUCAAGACUCGGAAAUGCAACAAAGUCUGUGGCCAUUACACUCAGGUUGUCUGGGCAGACAGUUACAAAGUUGGCUGUGCAGUACACUUUUGUCCUCGAGUUUCUGGCUUCGAAGCUCUUCUCAAUGGAGCACAUUUUAUAUGCAACUACGGACCAGCAGGCAAUUACCCAACCUGGCCAUAUAAAAAAGGAUCCAGGUGCAGUGCCUGCCCCAGGAAUGACAAAUGUUUGGACAAUCUCUGCAUUAACCCGCAACGAGACAAAGUGACACGUAUGUAUAUAAACCUUAAAUUGUUUAAGAUCUAUGUGAGCUGUGUUACUGCAUUAUGGGGAACAACAUUAAUGAGAGUAUUUCAUGUCUGUUUCACAGGUUACUACUCUACUGUGUUUCCAGACUGGCCGAUAUUUCCACGUGACAGAUACACAUCUCUUUUUCUCAUAAUUCUUUCACCAAUCCUAAUACUGAGUGUUAUAAUUAUCAUUUGGGCCAAGGGCAAAUACCCUCAUUUAUUUACUUUGAAAUAAUACAAUCCAGGGAGGAAAAAAAUCCUCAUUCAAA